AUCAUUCUAGUUCCGCAACCCGCUGAUGACCCGAAUGAUCCUCUCCUCUGGCCGACAUGGAAACGAGAGAUAGCAUUCGCAUUCCUGUUCUUCAAUUGCAUUAUCUUCGCCGCUGCUCCAGGUCCCUUGAUAGCUCCUGCUACCGUUGCUUUAGCUCUACAACUCAAAGUCCCGAUCAAGAGCGUUGCUCAAUUAUCUGGAUACCAACUUCUUGUCGUCGGCGCGCUUGGUCCCAUUGUCUCUGUCCUCGCUCAGAAAUAUGGUAAACGCCCACAAUUCCUGUUCGCCAGCAUCUUCGGCGUUAUUGGUACUGGCAUCUGCAUUUCCGCUUUUGACCAGUCCUCAAUGUCCAAGUCCUACGACGUGCUUCUUGCUGGUCGUCUGGUCCAAGGACUAGGGACUACGGCCUUUGAAUCCCUUUCCGUUGCUGCAAUCGGGGAUAUGUUUUUCCUCCACGAAAGAGGAACGAGGACCGCAUUGCUGGUAUUGACAUUAGCGUGCUUGAGUUCCUUUGUUGCAAUCAUCGCGGGAACGACAUUUGAGCAUCUCGGCGCUAAAAACCUGUUCGUCAUCUUACUCCCUAUUCAAGUUUUCGGGUGUUUAGGCACCGUGUUCUGUAUGCCGGAAAGUCAAUUCCGGCGAGCCCCUCCAGCUUUUGGGCUGGCAUCCUCAGAAGAUAUCAAAGAGAAACAGAAUGGUGGAAAUGUGACGGAGGUCUCUACAAACGGCUCGGCGGCGAUCCCGAAACGCAGCUUCGUCCAAGAUCUGCGGCCGUUUACGGGGACGUACAGUAAGGAUGGGAUGGUGAAGUUACUUGGAGAGAUAUUUGUGCAUUUUUUGAAUCCCGCAGUUAUUUGGAUUCAACUUGUUAGUGCCGUACUUGUGUCCUUCUUUGUAGGCACCGCCUACACCCUCGCCCAAAUCUUCACACCUCCACCCUACAAUCUCACGGUCUCGCAAAACGGCUUCUUUUUCACCGGCGCGCUCGUUGGUGGCAUCCUCGGUGUUUCUGCAGGCCCCAUGUGCGACUUCACAGCGCGUUUUUUCUCUCGCAAAAAUCGUGGUGUGUAUGAGCCAGAAUUCCGGAUCCCGAUUUGCAUAUUAGCUGUAAUUAUGUUUGCUGUGGGUUGGUUUACGUUUAUGUGGGCGUUGGAACAUCCGGCGCAUAAUAGGGUCGUGUUAUGCAGUUUUUGUUAUGGAGCUGUGUGCUUUGCGACGAGUGUUGCGAGUACGAGUGGGGGGUUGUAUAUUUUGGACGCCUUCAAAAAAUACUCGACCGAGAUCUUCAUCCUCCAAAUGAUGAUUAAGAACUUCCUUUUCUACGCUUUCAGCACGUUUAUCAACGACUGGAUGGCUAAGAAAGGGCCCGGAAAUAUGUGUAAAGUCUUUGGUAUUGUUACGCUCUGUGGGUUUACUACUUGUGUCCCGAUGUGUAAGUUCACCUUUUUACUCAUCAGAAACUGUGCCGUGAAAAAAGGGGGUAGUGUUAGAGAUAUGGCUAACCUAAGCGAUGACAGAUAUUUUUGGAAAGCUGAAUCGGGUUUGGGUACAUCGGAUGUGGAGGAAGUAUUUGGGCGAGAAAUGAUAGCUAGGCUGGGUGGCCAAUGGUGGAACUUAAAAGGGAUGUUGGGGAUAAUACGUCCUGUGCGCUAG